UGUGAGGGAAAGAUCUCUAGAAACCGAAAGUUGCUGAAAGAGCACUAUGAAACUUUGAUUAACCCACCCCGUCAGGGAGGGCUUUCCCCCAGGGGUACACCUUCUGAACAUCCUGACGCGCUCCUGGCCAAUCAGGUCCAGAGAAUUCAUCUGGGGGAUUACCCGAGUGAAUGGCGUUCUAUUUGAAUAAGUGAUCUGCUCCCAACAGUUUGACGCAUUUGGUUGAGGCCAACUUCACGAGUAACGUAAGACCAUCGUGAGAAAGGAAUAGUUUUCUCCACCAUGACUGAUAAUCUUCUUCCCCGAGGAGAUGACGUAGCUCAGCAAGCACAUAAUGGCUUUGGACCACUUUCCGAGCUUCGUGGAAAUAUUGCUACGAUCACAUCAGCUAUCGUGGUUGUGAUUAGUAGCGCGAUGCUUUUGUUCGCAGUAAAGGAUAACGAAAAGAGAGAAGGGAUUCACUUCCUGGUGUUUACAACAGCCCUACUUAUCUUGAGUGUCGUUCUCGGAGAAAUGGUACGAAGAUUGUGCCUAGUGUCUGAAGAGAUUAAACACAAACACGCGAGAUAUCGAGGAAACUGGAAGGAUAUUCUCAAGACGACUUUCACUUUCAAUAAUUCCGGUAGUAUUUUGGUUGUCGCCAUCGCCUCCGCUCUGACACUGUGUUUUGUGCUGCAUGAACAAUACGAAGUUUUCUCGAGUCCAGGUUUCUCCAUCUUGUUUUUCCUGAAUUGUCUCGUGGUUCCGCAAUUGUCAUUCCUUGUGGGUCUUCGACAGCUUUCUCCUGUAGAGACAUCGGAUUUUAACGAAAAAGAAAACAAGAAUGUGGCCGAUGGGCUGGCUUGGAGCUACUACUUUGGGUAUCUGAAACUGGUGCUGCCAAGACUGGGAUAUCGUAUUUCCGAAUCGGACACAUUUCGUCAUAAGAUUACAGACGAAAAGCUUUUCAUUUUACUUCCAAAAACGUGCUUUACAUUUGGAGAAAUCUCCAAAGCAGAUGACAGGGUAAAAUGGGCCGGCAAACUCCCCGAAAGUAAAAUCACCAGGGCUGGAAUUUUGGAGAGAAGUUACCAGCAUGCGGUACACCGCAUAGAGAUGCCCCGCCCAGAUGGAACAGUGGAUGAGUACCACUUUGUCCUGGAGUACGCUACGCCUCUUAUGUCCCUGUACGAAAUGUCAAGUCAUGCAAAAGCCCCCUUGACUGGUCCAGAGCGGGAUCAUCAGGUGGUGUUAUUCAUCCGCAAGCUGAGGGAAAUUCUGGAUGACUCGGAGGAAUGCAGAGGAAAGUAUGAAUUGGUUCCAAUUUCAGGAAAUGACACAAACAAGAUUGCGGAUGUCCUUGUGGGAAUGCACAGUGCGAGCAACAUAGAUUUAGAAGACGAGACUGAUGAGCAAACAAGGCAAUAGAGCAGAUAAGUGACUGCUGCUCCUCAGCAGCAGUAUGGAUGAUGAAGGAACUCUGUUACACAUUACAAAUGUAUAGAGCUGUGUUUCUGGGUGUAAAAAAAUACAGUGUCAGAGAUGUUUGAUCCUGAUCUUAAAGGGGGGGUAAAAGAUCUUUUCUUAAAAGGGCACAGAUGUUCAUUAGAAAUUUUGAUCCAAGUCUUGUGGCUCAACCUUUUAUUUCACUCAUAAAAGAUACCAAUUGAUGUUGGUUGAUUAUGCAAAUAUUGUUUUUUAGCAAAGGGACAGUCCUCAUUGGGUUUCAUGCAGGAAUAUUUCACACUUCACAAAUUUAUAAAGGAAAACUUCAAAUCUCACUUCAUCAUUCCUUUCUGUAAAAUUCAGGCAUAACAUUAAUUUUGGGUUUUAUAAUUAUGCAUCAACUGUAAACUCUCUUUACAAAGUUUAAUUAAACUGAAACAGCCCAACACUUUA